AUGUUGCUAUUCAAAGUUAGAACAUUCGUCGAGGGUUCUGCAUUGUUUUUAAAAGCUGUUUCAACAUACUACUAUGUUGUUAUUAAAGAUGAUGGAUUAAAAGGAUUUGGAUAUGCACAGAUUAUAUAUUCUUUGACAUUGGUAAUUGGAUACUAUGGUAAUUUCAUUAUUACAAUCUAUCAAGAUACGAACAAACAAGAUGAUAAAUCAAUUCAAAUUAGAUCUUUAAAUCAACUCUUACCAAAACCAAUUAAGAACGAUUCAUUUAUUAGUGCAGAUUUAUAUAAAUUAACAGGAUUAUAUACAUGGCAAUCGAUUCAAAAACUAUUGUUAACAGAAGGUGAGAAGUUUGUAUUGUAUUUCUCAGAGAAUCUCACCAGUCAAGCUAUAUUCUCGGUGGUUUCCAAUCUUGGAUCGCUGAUUGCCAGAUUCUUUUUCCAACCGAUUGAAGAGUCUUGCUUCUCAAUGUUUCCAAAGCUCUUUGGUGAGUCUACUCGUCGUCAAGAUUGGUCGGACGGCUCGAAAGUAUUGACAAUGUUAAUGAAGCUGAUGAUCAUUAUCGCACUGAUAUUCGCUGCAUUUGGACCAGCUUAUUCUGAACUACUGUUGAACAUUCUCUAUAAGAACAAAUUCGCAGAAUCCAAUGCUUCCAAUGUACUAGGUGUCUAUUGUUUGUAUGUUGGCUUCAUGGCUGUAAACGGUGUCUCAGAAGCAUUUGUACAUAGCGUUUCAAAAGCAGAUCAACUUAAAACACUCAAUUGGAUUCUAAUUGUUAUUGGAUUCAUCUAUUUAACCGCAACAUUUAUCCUAUCAAAACUCUACGGAACCAUCGGUAUUAUCUUGGCAAAUUGUUUAAAUAUGUUUACAAGAAUAUUAUAUAGUAUUUAUUUUAUGAAUCAAUUCUUUAAGGGUAUUAAUGAGUUUUCGAUUCGAUCUAUGUUCCCAAAGAUGUCUGUUAUCAUUAUCUAUCUAUUGUCAUUCGUAGUGACGAAUGUAUCGAGAAUUUACUUUGGCCAAAAUCAAACAUCGCUAUUUGCAGUUCCAACUCUUAUUCACAUAGGUAUUGGUGCUACUUGUUUCUUAGUUGUCAUCAUAUCAUUGUAUUUCACAGAGCGAUCUACCUUUAGAGAUAUAAAGAAAGUAUUAAGAAACAAACAACAAUAA